CUUCCGGACUAGUCGAGGGUCACGCUUCGGAGAAGGUGGCAAGGGGACCAUUCAUUCUCUGUUCUUUAUAAUAAAGAAAUAUUGUCCAUUAGUAUGAUUAGAACAAUAUUACGAAGUAGCGGUGCGCUCCUGAAGCACUCUGGUCGUGGUGUGGUGGGUGUGUGGACGCCCGCUCAGCAGCGAUGGGCCUCCAGCCUUCCCAUGAACACCGUGGUGCUCUUCGUACCGCAGCAGGAGGCCUGGGUGGUGGAGCGCAUGGGACGAUUCCACCGGAUACUGGACCCUGGGUUAAACUUCCUGAUUCCAGUGCUGGAUCGAAUUCGUUAUGUCCAGAGUCUGAAGGAAAUUGUGAUUGAUGUGCCUGAACAGUCAGCUGUUUCCCUGGAUAAUGUGACCCUACAGAUUGAUGGCGUUCUUUACCUGAGGAUACUUGACCCCUUUAAGGCCAGCUACGGUGUGGAGGACCCAGAGUACGCUGUGACCCAGCUGGCCCAGACCACCAUGAGGUCCGAGCUGGGAAAACUCACACUGGACAAGGUGUUCCGGGAGCGUGAGACUCUGAACACCAACAUCGUCCACUCCAUCAACCAGGCGUCAGACGACUGGGGCAUCCGCUGCCUACGAUACGAGAUUAAGGACAUACACGUGCCGCAGCGCGUCAAGGACUCCAUGCAGCUGCAGGUGGAGGCAGAGCGUAAGAAGAGGGCUACGGUGUUGGAGUCAGAGGGUUCGCGGGAGGCAGCCAUCAACGUGGCCGAGGGCCGCAAGCAGGCGCAGAUCCUCGCCUCUGAGGCUGAGAAGGCAGAGCAGAUCAACCAGGCGGCCGGUGAAGCCAAUGCAGUCCUUGCCAAAGCAGAAGCCAAGGCCAAAGCCAUCAGGGUGAUCGCAGACGCCCUCGCACAAGGGACUGGGGGAGCAGCAGCGUCCUAUAACGUGGCUGAGCAGUAUGUGGCUGCCUUCUCCAAUCUGGCCAAACAGUCCAACACCGUCCUGCUACCCACCAACACUGGAGACAUCAGCAGCAUGGUCACGCAGGCCAUGAGCAUCUAUGGCUCGCUGUCUAAGACUCCAGAGUUACCCGCCGCCAGCCCCAGCCCCAGCUCCACAGUUGCCCCGUCAGUAGAGGACUCUGCCCCUCAGGCCGCACCGCAACCCCCAGCCCAGUAGAGGGUACUACCUCAUACCAGGCGCUCAGACAGACUCACACCGGGACUCUUACUCACACACUUGAACUGCAGCAGCAACCCUGUCUGUCUUGCCCAGCCGUAGACAUGUAUGCGUGAAAUUAUGCAUCUAUGGAGACAACAACUGACCGAAGCGGCAACUGUGGAACUGAUUCACCUGAUCUGAUCUGACCACGCUGUUGCCCUCUUGUGGUCGACCUGGGAACGUGCAGGUGGAGCGCUACUGCUGGGCUCUUCUGUCAUGAUGCUGAUGUAGUGACAGUCACUCAAAGGAAAGGGACGGGAGACUCAAACACGUCACACACACACACAAACACAUACAUGUCACACAUACAUACGCAUGCUUCAAAGAAAGAGAGAGAGAGAGAAACGCUCUGAAAGUGACAUUGCAAGGACAUUCUCAGCCUUAAUCUGGAGGAUCAGAGCAAUUGUCUAUUAUUUUGAUGUCCGUUUCCCUUUUUUUGUGUUAGUAAAUAGCGUUCCCAGGAAUAUUAUUUUUGAAACUGCAGGUUGCUCUUAUUAUCCAAUUCCUGUAGCCAACUCUUUACAGCACAUAACAUACUGUCCAUCUGGGUUAAACAUCUCAAUAACUUUCGGGGAGUAGGUGUAAGCUAGUAAGUAGCUUAAGCCUAAGCUACGCCUUACCGUGGGAAAUAAAAUUGAGAAAGCCACCAUUGAGAGUUACGGGUGAGACGUUUUUUUGGACUGUCAUAUGCUGUUUUUGCCAUCUUGGUUCCCAUGGGCUCUACAAGAGGGGCGUGACACAGGGUACAUACCAUUAUCCUAACUCCCAUGCUUGUGGCCUCGUGCUUCGUUUACGUCCCGCCUCCAUGGAGAAAACGCCUAGCCACAACAACUUUUGAGGGACCUUUCCCCCCCAUUCAACAUCCCGAUUGCAAAUGAGUAAAUGACCUUUGAAUUGCGCUUUUGCGGGAUGUUGAAUUGCACUACUGUCAUCAAUGACAUCUUGCAACGUCAUCGAGGCCACAAGCAGAAGGGAGGACAGAAGUUUGGAUAAUGGAAAUAACCCACAUGUUCUCUAUAUAGCUGUUAUUUAUUAUUAUGAAAGUACAGAGCGAGAAUUGCUUAUACCCACCUGAAAGAGUCACCUGUGUGUCUAUGUUACUUCCCCUGUCAACAGUGUGAAUAUGUAUCUCCCAGUGAAGGCCUAAAUGAUGUAUGUGACGUCUGUGAGUGUGAAUAAUCCAAUAAUGGCCUAUGUAACUAUUUAGAUCAACCUUGUGGUCUUCAGCGAAAAGCUAUGAGGGAAAGCGAAUGGCGGAAGAGUUUGGGGAAUGUGAAGUGUUUUUUUAUUGUUAUUAUUUGUGUGUUUUAUUGGAUGAUCGGAGGUGUGUUUAGUUCUCUCUCUCUCUCUCUCUCAAAGAGCCCACCAGGUUAAGACCCAGCAUCACACCAAGCACUUGACAUUUAUGGAGUUGUAAUUCGAAAAGGUAAAAGAAUAAAUAAUAAGAAAAGCUG